CUCAGGAGCACUUGCGGGGCGGGACGCGCGGCGCUCCCGGCACGAGCAGACAUGGGCAGGGCGCUGGCUUGGCGGCUCGUCUUCGGGCUUUUUCUCCUGGCGCUGCUUUCACCCUCUCAGGGAGGAGAAAAUAAAACAGCUACUGAAGCUCCGCAUAAUCAUUCAGUUGUGACUCCUAUGUCACUUAACAUAAACACCACCACCAAGGGACAUGGAAAUUGUCUUCAGUCAACCACCGGCCUCUUCAUUCUCUCAGUCUCUCUCCUGUACUUUUGUUAAAGCAUCUGGUCUUGGGAAAACAACAUCCUUCCCUACCGAGUUCCCUGAUUCAUCUAAGAUGGUGAGAUCUUCAUAUUCUGAGAAUUUAAAAAAAAAACCAGCACAAAAUACUUGCAUCCAGCCAGUGCAGUUAAGCAACAGUCCAGUCAUUGAUACCAAUUUGAUCAAAACUCUUGGUAAGAAUACCUGGUGAAUUGAAUCAAUCUUCCUUCAAAAGUAACUUGAUUCGCAAGGCAGCCUAUGGAUUCCAACAUUCAACACCUCGAACUCGUAUUACAAGAGAAAUACAACUUGACAAGCCAUGGAUCAUGCCUUCUAAGGGGAAAGAGUUGAUACGAUCAAGCUAUGCAAAAUAAGGAGCUUAAUUUGAAAAUGAUGCUCAUCCUCUUAAGUUUAUAAAACCAGUUAAAAAAAAAAUAGCGCUGAAACGGGGUUUUUCCCCCCCCUCAGUUUAAGAUACAAGGAUAUCUAGCAGAAGUCAUUCUAAUCAGAAUUUUACUAUGGAAUUUCCCAGUUAAUCCACUGAUUAAAAAAAAUUGUUAUAGUUCAAAAUGGAAGUUUGCAUAAUUUAAAACCAUUUGGAAACAUUUGCUGUAAUUUCUUUCCCAAUUUUAUUAAAGCUGUAAGUGAACCAAAUGCACCAGCAGAAUAAGAUAUAUAAAAUCUAUUGUAAGAUUAUUUGCUAAUAGCCAAUAUAAAAUAAGUAAUAAGGAAAUAACGAAUCAACUUACAUAAUUAAACUUGAAUAGUUUUUCUCAUAGCAGCCUCCUCCUAAAAGUUUCUGGGGGUCAUUUCUAAAUGUCAGUGUUGGUGCAAUUAGUGUUUAAUUUAUUCUUUCAAUGAAACAUCUUUGGGCAAAUAAUUUUCCUUUAUGUUGAGUGAAAACACACAAUGUUUAAAUCCUGAAAUAUUAAUCCUUAAAGUGUGUAUUUUUUAAAGGUUGAAACUGACAUAUUUGCACAAAUUAUUUCUAUUCAAAGUGUUCUGUACAGUAAGUAAUUUGAACUAAAGCUGGUACUAAAAUGUUAUCCAGGUGUUUGGCUCUUCAGAAAUAAAUAAUGGAAAGUCUUGUGGGUAGAACCACAUCCAUAGACAGUCUUGUUCACUUACGAUGUGUGAUCAUGGCUUUAAAUGCACACUUGUUUCUUUGAUUUAGUCAGUUACCCAGAAUCUGUAUACAUCCAUUGCAUUGUCAAAUACUUAUAUAAUAAAUCUUGGGAUGGGGGGGAGGGAUUUAUGCAUUCCUUUUGUAUUGAGUAAACUGACUUCAUGAUUAUGUAACUAUGCUAUAAUUUUAAAUCAAACUAAAUAAAACAAUGGAUCUACUUCUAGUACAUUCUGGUUUUUUGAUAAUCAGAUCUUCGGUAUUCUGCUAACAGGGCAGAACCUUCUCUAAUGGAGUAACUGGAUUCAAAAGAAACAUUAAGUUCUAUUCCUAAUAAUCUUGUCAGCGACCGUGCACAUCACAAGAUUUGUUUGCUUGAUUUAGGAUAUCUCAAUGGCUAUGGAUUGAAUCUGGGGGCAUCUCUGAGGCUGGGGACCAGAAGGAGUAUUUUGGGUGUGUGCAAAAGGGUGUCUGCAUGUCCUAGGAAAAGAUGCCUCUGCUUUAAGGGUUCCUAUGUUUCAUGAAACCUAAUUUGAUUUAGGGAAGCUGCAUUAAUUGGUAUCUGUUAAUCAAAUCUCCUAAUUACAUGUCCAGCUUCUGCUCAAGUCAGUGCAGGAUAACUGAAUUGUUUAACUGUAAUUGAAAGAGACUGGAAUAAACUGCGGAGACAUACAGU